GAGAUACCUUCACCCAAUCCCUCCGUUUCCCUCCUGGCUUUCAGUUCAUUGGACAUUGCGGAUUAACCUACUAGCUCAGACAGAUUGGAAAGACUUGCUGUUCUCCAAACUCUGGCUCUGAGCGGUGUUUUCCCACCCCAGCUUGUUAAAACGCAAAGGUUAAGGCCUGGUCACACUCUCCUUGCCCUCUCCAUCCCAGCCCGCUCCGUUCCAAACCCGGCCCUUCUUCUCCAGGCUCUCUGUCCCCUCAUGGGCACGAUAUCAGCAAGUGCAAGAGGACCACCGUCUCAACCCUAACAGCAGUCCUCACCAUGGAGAUGAAGCAAUCAGAGAUGAUGAAUCGAGAGGAUGGGGGAGAGCAUGAGAAGGAACAGGAGUCACAAGAAAACGGAAGGCUUGUUGCGGACAGCGUUGCGGAGAAGGGUCAGAAAUCCUGCUCUGGACCUGGGCAGGUCUCCAACGGUUAUCCCAGCACAUCCCCACAAAGCCCCAGGGAUGGUGCGGGUGCUGGGACGGGGGGUAGCACCCCUGGAGCAUUCAGGACUCUGGUGGUCCAGCAGACCAGCUUGGAUCCACCUAGGGAGACCUGGAGCAAAAAGAUGGACUUCUUGCUGUCGGUGAUCGGGUAUGCGGUGGACCUGGGCAAUGUGUGGCGCUUUCCCUACAUCUGCUACCAAAACGGAGGGGGUGCCUUUCUUCUGCCGUACCUGCUGAUGGCUGUGUUUGGUGGCGUGCCGCUGUUUUACAUGGAACUGGCUCUGGGCCAGUUUCACCGCAGCGGGUGUAUUUCCAUCUGGAAACACAUUUGCCCCAUCUUCAAGGGUAUAGGCUUUGCUAUCUGCAUCAUUGCACUCUACAUUGCCUUCUACUACAAUACCAUAAUGGCCUGGGCUCUCUACUACCUCCUGUCCUCCUUUCGUGCCACACUGCCCUGGACCACCUGCACCAACCAGUGGAACACUCCCAACUGCACCCAAUACCUGUCCACCGACUUGAAUGUCUCCUGGACCGACAACUCCAUCUCUCCAGCUGAAGAGUUCUAUGUACGGCAGGUCCUGCAGGUUCAUCUGUCCCCUGGUCUUCAUCAGUUGGGCUGGGUGAGCUGGCAACUAGCCCUCUGUCUGUUGUUCAUCUUCACUGUUGUGUACUUCAGCAUCUGGAAAGGGGUCAAGACCUCCGGCAAGGUAGUGUGGGUGACAGCAACCUUUCCGUACCUGGUGCUGCUGAUCCUGUUGAUAAGAGGGGCCACCCUGCCGGGAGCAUGGAGAGGAGUGGUCUUCUACCUGAAACCUGAUUGGAGCAAACUUUUAACCACUACAGUUUGGCUUGAUGCAGCUGCACAGAUCUUCUUCUCUCUGGGUCCAGGCUUUGGUGUUCUCCUGGCCUUUGCCAGCUACAAUCCCUUUCAUAACAACUGCUACAAAGAUGCUUUAAUCACAAGCUCAGUGAACUGUUUGACCAGUUUCCUGUCAGGCUUUGUGAUCUUCACUGUGCUGGGCUACAUGGCAGAGAUGCGCCAACAACGUGUGGAGAACGUAGCUAAAGAUGCUGGUCCCAGUCUGCUCUUCAUCAUCUAUGCUGAGGCUAUAGCCAAUAUGCCGGCUGCUACAUUCUUCGCCAUCAUAUUCUUCCUCAUGAUAAUUAUGCUGGGGCUGGAUAGCACGUUUGCAGGUCUGGAAGGGGUAAUUACAGCCAUGUUGGACGAGUUCCCCCACCUGUUGGCCAGGAGGAGGGAAUGGUUUGUGCUCGGCCUAGUGUGUGUCUGUUAUUUGGGCGCCCUCUCCACUCUUACCUACGGAGGUGCGUUUGUUGUUAAACUAUUCGAGGAGUAUGCCACAGGCCCUGCUGUUAUCACCGUGGUCUUCCUCGAGGUCAUCGCUGUUUCCUGGUUCUAUGGGACGACACGUUUCUGCAACGAUGUGCAGCUGAUGCUUGGCUUUGCUCCUGGGGUGUUUUGGAGGGUCUGCUGGGUAGCCAUCUGUCCCUGCUUCCUAUUGUUCAUUAUUGGGAGUUUCCUGGCAUUCCCUCCCGAGGUCAAGCUGUUUGAUUACUUGUACCCUUUCUGGACCACAGUUCUCGGCUACUGUAUUGGAGUCUCCUCCUUCAUCUGUGUGCCUUCUUACAUGGUCUACCAUCUAAUCACCACCAAAGGGACCUUCAAACAGCGUCUGCUAAAGGGCAUUACCCCUGAGGCUCCGGGGUCCAGCGGCCCUCAGAGAGACACAAUUGUCAUCACCAACGCCGUGUGAUACAUUUCCUCUUCUGCUGGACAUGUAGCACAAACGCAGGGGACCCGUGUCUCCUGUAAGGGCCUCAGCUGACCUCCCUUCACACCUCACCCCAGAGGAGUCUGCUACCUGUAUUGUGUGACGGUGAGGCCAGGCCUCCGAAUACAUAGUUUUAUUCAUAUUCUAGCCGUCCAUGUGUGACCACUGUCAGCGCUCAUAUGAGUUACUGACUGCUGUAGCAAGUUCUUGAGUUUGUGUUUUGUCCUUCCGUUGUUAAUUUUAGAUCUCCAUGAACAUUUAUAUAUAUAUAUAUAUAUAUACAUAUAUAUCUGAAGGAUCAUGUUACAUUAUUACAUCUCACCAACUCCAAACUUUUGAAUAUCUGUUUAGUGAAGUCUGGGAUAAGAACUGGAAUGAAGUGAGUUUACUCUAUGAAAAUCGUACAUUUCUAAAGAUAUAUUUCUUUUUUCUAAAAUAGUAACUAAAUACAUAAAGAUUGUUAUAUUGUGGUUUUGUGACCAAUUUCAGGUAUAUUUUACAUGUACACUCAUUUAAAUAAGGCCAAAAAUUAUUUUGUUUGUUUAUUGUUAUUAUAGAAAUUUGUAAGUAUGACUUCAAAGAAGCUGUUUGUGGUUUAGGGACUGAAUCCAUCACUAAUUGUGAAUAUAUUUUCUUAUUUUCUUUCUUUUUUGUUAAAAUCUAAAAUCUUUUUUUUUUUACAUUUCAGAUGUGGAAAUUAGGAAUGUAACAGAAUGUUUUUUAUGAGACAAACAAAGGCCCAUUUUUUUAUGUUUUUUGCACAGGUGUGUAUGUGUGUGUGGGUGGAUGUGUGUGUGUGUCUAUGUGUGCAUCUUUGACACCCAUAUAUGUAACAGAUAUUAAGUGUUUAGCCUACUUUUGGAGGAUAUGUACCAAUUGUUAGGCAUAUAUGUAUUUAUUUGUGGGACAUUUGUGGCAUUUCAUUCUCAUAAUGCUUAUUUUGUUUAUUUGCAACUGGAACUCUUUGUCUGCCUACCCAGUUACCAUUUACGUGUAGCAUUUACAAGAAUGGGACCAAAUAUUCAGGACUGGGGGGACCAAAUGUAAAGGUCUAAGAAAAAAAACAAUAUUGGUCAGUGACUAGCAUGUUCCUCAAUGUGGGCUUUGGCAAUUAAUUUUUUUACAUAUUUCUUUAUGUGAGUUACACUAAGUAGCAGAAACCAAAUACUAAUGUGCUUGUUACAAAUGCUUCAGCCUUGAUCCUCAAGUCUUUUUUCCUGAAAAAAAGGUGUGACUGGACAUCUAAGUAUGUGCAUGUGUACUUUGUGAGUCUUGCUGUCUGUGUGGUCCGGCGUUCUGUGCUGACUCGUUGAAUUCGUAGAGUGGGCAAAUGUAAGGAUGUCGAUCUCUCAUGACAUGUGUGAGCUGUACAUUGAGGUAGAGAAGUAAUAAGCCAUGGUCAGUUCAGUUAGUGUGUGUGUAUGUGUGUGUGCAUGCCGUAGACGUGAGUCUAUAUUGUGGAUCUGUGUGUGUUGUGUGUGUGUGUGUGUGCGCGUGUGGGUGUGUGUGUGUGUGCGCUUCAGUCCAGUGUUGACCUUUCCUCUUCUUUCUCAGCAGAAUUUACUAUUCUGUCUAUCAAAGUAUUGAAAAUCUAUUGUACUUUAUAAAGUCUAAAUUUGAUCUAUGUAUGUCUCCGAGACUGUUAAGAGAAAAUAUGUAUAGGACAAUACAUAUAUGAAUUAUUAUAGAUAAAAUAAAGGUAUAUGUAUUAAUAAUGGA